CAGAGCGGGAGAGUGCUUAGAGAAGGAGAGAGAGAGAGAAACAGAGAGAGACAGCGGUAGAAAGAGGGGAGGGAAGCAGACUUGAGCCUUUCCACACACAUUGCGUGUCCACCUGUGUGCUAGCUUGUCGUGCAUGUGUGUGUGUGAGUGAGGGGAGUGAGUGGAGUGUGUGUCCUGUGUUGUUGUUGUGUGUGAGUGUGUGUUUGUCUUGUGUGUUUUGUGUGGGUGCUUUUUGCGCCAGAGAGAGAGUGCAAGUGCGCGACUGUUUAAUAAGAGACCUUGGAGAGGAAGGUGAGCUUGCAGCGGCAACAGGACUAUUUAUAGGGAGACCACUUUUCCCUCGCUUUUUUUCCUUCUCUCUCUACCUUCCUACCUCACUCGUUUUUAUUCCCCAUUUUGUUUUGUUUGUUUUUUUCUUCUUCACCCCCCAACAAACCUCAAGAGAACAAUACUUUUUUUAUUGAUUGAGGAAGGACUAUAAAAGAAAAGAAAAGAAAAAAUCCACACAACCUGCUCUCCACCUCACCUCACCUCACCUCACAAGGAUCUGAUCUUCACAACCGAUCACCACCAUGCAGCACCGGGCCGCGAUCCUGUGCCUGCUCUCCCUGGUGUCUUUCUCGGGAGCCCUGAGGGACCACUGGAAGCCGGGGAACUACACGGCGGAUGAGGAUGGGGCCGCCGUGUUCCUGGCCGAGUACAACUCCACGGCAGAGGAGGUCUUCUUCUUCAGUGUGAGCGCCAGCUGGAACUACAACACCAACCUGACCGACCACAACUCAGCCCUGCAGGUGGCUGCGUCUUUGGAGGAACAGGCCUUUGGCGAGGCAUGGGGUCUAACGGCAAAGGCAAUUUACACAGACCCAGUGCUGAAUACCUUUGUUGAUCCGGUCAAAGUCAAGCUCAUCAAGAAGAUCAAACUCAUCGGUGCUGGCAACCUCGCGCUGCCAGACAGAGAAAGGUACAACAAAAUACUCAGUGAGAUGGACAGCAUCUACUCCACAGCCAAAGUCACUCCCAAGCCUGGUGUUGAAUGGAGUCUCGAACCUGAAAUCACCCAGGUGAUGGCUAACUCGCGUAGCUACAGGAAGCUGCUACUGGCAUGGGAGGGAUGGCACAACGCCUCUGGGGUGCCACUGAGAGCACUCUACCCCGACUUUGUUACACUCAGCAACCAGGCGUCCCGGGCAGACGGCUUUGCAGAUACAGGUGCAGACUGGCGUUCUGGUUAUGAAAGCGCCACCUUUGAGGAUGACCUAAAGGCUCUUUUUGAUCAACUUAAGCCACUCUACAACAACCUCCAUGCCUUUGUCCGAAGGAAACUGUACAACUUCUAUGGCCCCAAGUACAUCAACCUCAAGGGACCUAUCCCUGCUCAUCUUCUGGGUAACAUGUGGUCUCAGACCUGGAACAACGUUUAUGACAUGAUGAUCCCCCACCCGGGAAAACCAAAUGUUGACGUGACGGACACCAUGAAGGCUCAGGGCUACAACGCCACACACAUGUUCAGGGUGGCAGAGGAGUUCUUCACAUCUCUGGACCUGAAGGGGAUGCCCCAGGAGUUCUGGGACCACUCCAUGCUGGAGAAACCGGAUGGCAGGGAGGUGGUGUGCCACGCUUCCGCCUGGGACUUCUACAACCGCAAAGACUUCAGGAUUAAGCAGUGCACCACGGUGACGAUGGAGCAGCUGUUCACGGUGCACCAUGAGAUGGGCCACGUGGAGUACUACUUGCAGUACAUGGACCUGCCCACCAGCUUCCGGCGCGGGGCCAACCCGGGCUUCCACGAGGCCAUCGGGGACGUGCUCUCCCUCUCCGUGGCAACGCCCAAUCACCUGCACAAGAUCGGCCUGCUGGAGACCCUGGUGGAGGACGACGAGGCUGAUCGUAACUACCUCCUGAAGAUGGCGCUAGAGAAGAUAGCCUUCCUGCCUUUUGGGUAUCUCAUCGACCAGUGGAGGUGGAACGUCUUCAGUGGCAAGACAACACCUGCAACCUACAAUGCGGACUGGUGGAAGCUUAGGACUGAGUUCCAGGGGAUCAUUCCACCUGUUCCUCGCACUGAGACUCACUUUGAUGCUGGUGCAAAGUACCACAUCCCAGGGAACACACCCUACAUCAGGUAUUUUGUGAGCUUCAUCCUGCAGUUCCAGUUCCAUCAGAAGUUGUGUCAGGCAGCCAAUCACACCGGCCCUCUGCACAGGUGUGACAUCUACCAGUCCAAGGAGGCCGGGGCUAUCAUGGAGAAAGUUCUGAAGGCCGGUUCCUCUAAGCCUUGGACCGAGGUUCUGCAGGAGGCCAUCGGAAUCAACAGAAUGGACGCUGGUGCCCUGAUUGAGUACUUCAAGCCGAUCUCAGUCUGGCUGGAGCAGCAGAACCAGCUGAACAAGGAGACCCUUGGUUGGGCCGAGGCCGCGGACUGGGUUCCCCCCAUACCUGAGAACUAUCACGAUAUCGACAUCAUCACGGACGAGGCAGAGGGCAAGCGUUUCAUUGCGGAGUACAAUCAAACAGCAGAAGGGGUGUGGAACGCCUACACGGAGGCAUCCUGGUCCUACAAUACUGACAUCAAUGACGCCAACCAGCAGGCUAUGCUUCAGAAGAACCUGGAGAUGGCCAACCACACUAAGUUGUACGGCGAGAUUGCCAAGCAGUACGACACCACCGAGUUCCAGGACGAGUCCGUCAAGAGGAUCAUCAAGAAGCUGAGUGACCUGGAGAGGGCAGCGCUGCCACAAGACAGACUGGAGGAGUACAACACACUUCUCUCCAAGAUGGAGACAACCUACAGUGUGGCCAAGGUCUGCAGACCAAAUGGAGGCACCUGCCAUCCUCUGGAUCCAGACCUCAAUAAGAUCAUGGCUGAAUCACGGGACUACAACGAGCUGCUGUUCGCCUGGCAGGGAUGGCGCAACGAGUCUGGACGAGCACUCCGGGCAGACUACCAGAAAUACGUGCAGAUGGCCAACGAGGCUGCACGGGCAAACGGCCACUCGGAUAACGGAGCGUUCUGGCGUUCGCUGUACGAGACGCCCACAUUCGAGGAGGACCUGGAGCGCCUGUGGAAGCAGCUGGAGCCCCUCUACCUCAACGUGCACGCCUACGUCCGCCGCGCCCUCUUCAAGAAGUACGGAGACAACUACAUCAACCUCAAGGGACCCAUCCCCGCCCAUCUGCUCGGCAACAUGUGGGCACAGACCUGGUCGGGAAUCAUGGACCUGGCUAUCCCAUACCCUGAUGCAACGCAAGUGGAUGCCACCCCUGCAAUGAUAGCUCAGAAUUGGAACGCUACAAGAAUGUUUCAGGAGUCGGACAACUUCUUCAAGUCGCUGGGUCUGAUUCCCAUGCCCCAGGAGUUCUGGAACAAGUCCAUGCUGGUGAAACCCACGGACGGGAAGGAGGUGGUGUGCCACGCCUCUGCCUGGGACUUCUACAACCGCAAAGACUUCAGGAUCAAGCAAUGCACGGUGGUGAACAUGGACGACCUGAUCACGGUGCACCACGAGAUGGGCCACGUGCAGUACUUCCUCCAGUACAAGGACCAGCCCGUGUCCUUCCGUGACGGCGCCAACCCGGGAUUCCACGAGGCCAUCGGCGACGUCAUGGCCCUCUCCGUGGCAACGCCCAAACACCUGAAGGAGAUCGGCCUGCUGGACACAGUGGAGGACAAUGACGAAAGCACCAUCAACUACCUGAUGAGCAUCGCCCUGGAUAAGAUUGCCUUCCUGCCCUUCGGCUACCUCAUGGACCAGUGGCGGUGGAAGGUGUUCGAUGGCCGCAUCUCGGAACAGGACUACAACAAGGAGUGGUGGAACAUGAGGCUGAAGUAUCAGGGACUCUGCCCACCUGUGUCUCGAACUGAGAUGGACUUUGAUCCUGGUGCCAAGUUCCACAUUCCAGCCAACGUGCCAUACGUCAGGUACUUUGUGAGCUUCGUGAUUCAGUUCCAGUUCCACCAGGCGCUGUGCAAGGCUGCUGGACACACCGGUCCACUGCACACCUGCGACAUCUACAGGUCCACAGCGGCAGGAAAGAAACUGGGCGACGCCAUGAAGCUGGGCUUCAGUAAGCCAUGGCCGGACGCCAUGUUCGACAUCACAGGACAGCGCGACAUGACGGCGAAGCCGCUGAUGGAGUACUUCCAGCCCCUCAUCACCUGGCUCGAGAAGGAGAACAACAAGAACGGAGAGGUCCUGGGAUGGCCCGAGUACGACUGGACCCCACCAACUGGAGAUGCCCCCACGCCACCCGUCGUGGAAGACAUCAAGGUUGACUUCCUGGGCAUGAGCGUGGACAGCUCAGCAGCAGUGGCCGGCCAAUGGGUCCUGCUGGUCCUUGGCAUCGUUCUCUUAGUGGCCACCGCAUUCUUGGCUUACAAGUACCGCAAAACAAAGAAGCACGCCUACAAGUCUGGUUCAGAGUUGGAACUGAAAUAAACGUCAGGAAAAAGAAAAGGAAACAAUAAGUCUGAGAAAAAAAUUCUGGAAAAUUUUGUUGAGAAUGUUGCAGAUUUUUUGAGGAAUUCAUGAUUGUUGCGGCUGUCAGUGUUGCUGUUAUUUCUUUGCUGUUGAAUAUUCUGUAUAUUUAUUGAUACCUUUUUUUAGUCAAAUUGUUUUGACUAUGCAAAGAAAGCUGACUGUUUCUUUUGUAAUUUAUUUGUAAUAAUUCAAAUGAAAAUACUGUGGGGAGGGGGAGUUGGGGGGAAGACACAAAUAUUUGGUUGUAAAGUAAAAAUUUGUUUAUGUAUGUAUGUAUGUGUGUGUUUUGGAUUAAUUUUGUUGGUAAAUAUUUUUGCCUUUGUAGAAUAAAGACAACUAUGAAUGUUAUUUUUUGUCACAUACAUUUUGUGUG